CUGAAAGUUGGUGCAGCAGGCGGCCAUCACGCUGGUGUCGCUAUUUUCAACUGCCUCACCAGCUAAAGACACACUCAUUACGUCUAUAAUCGCAACGCUAGAUUGUUGUCUUGGUUUCCCAGCCUUGAUUCCUUACCGAUGAGGGACUUUCGGCCCGACUGACACAGGGAGAUGGGGGUACACAAUAUUUCAGACCAGCCACCUCUGGUCCAGGCCAUAUUUAACCGAAAUGCGGAUGAAGUGAAGUUAUUUUUGCACAAGAAAGAUGAAGUCAAUGCACUGGACCAAGAGCGCCGCACACCUCUUCAUGCUGCUGCCUGGCUGGGGGACGUUCAUAUAAUGGAGCUUCUCAUCAGCGCAGGUGCCAAUGUCAAUGCAAAGGACCAUGUGUGGCUAACACCAUUGCACAGAGCAGCUGCUUCCAGAAAUGAGAGGGCUGUGGGGCUGCUGCUAAGGAAGGGAGCUGACGUUACGGUGCGGGAUAAAUUCUGGCAGACACCACUGCACAUUGCGGCGGCCAACCGAGCCAUGCGUUGCGUCGAGGCCCUGCUGGCCCAUGUGACCAGCCUGAAUAUGGCCGACCGCACAGGCAGAGCGCCCCUGCAUCACGCUGCUCAGAGUGGAUACCAGGAGAUGGUUAAAUUGCUGCUGAACAAGGGAGCCAAUCUGAGUGCCAGUGACAAGAAGGACAGGCAACCCAUUCAUUGGGCAGCUUACCUUGGACAUCUGGAGGUGGUUAAGCUGCUGGUGUCUCAGGGCUCUGAUAAGAGCUGUAAGGAUAAGCGGGGAUACACCCCUCUCCACGCUGCUGCUGCCAGUGGCCACGUCGAUGUGGUCAAGUACCUGUUACGCAAUGGAGCCGAGAUUGAUGAGCCUAAUGCCUUUGGAAACACUGCUCUGCAUGUGGCCUGCUACACGGGACAGGAGGCCGUAGCCAACGAGCUGGUCAACCGUGGGGCCAACGUCAACCAACCCAACCACCGCGGCUACACGCCCCUGCACCUGGCUGCCGUGUCCACUAACGGGGCUCUCUGCCUGGAGCUGCUGGUCAACAACGGUGCUGAUGUCAACAUGCAGAGUAAAGAAGGGAAAAGCCCUUUGCACAUGGCAGCCAUUCAUGGACGUUUCACUCGCUCUCAGAUCCUCAUUCAAAACGGUGGGGAGAUAGAUUGUGUGGACAGAUAUGGCAAUACUCCUCUUCAUGUUGCUGCCAAGUACGGCCACGAGCUGCUUAUCAGCACCUUAAUGACAAAUGGUGCUGACACAGCCAGACAAGGGAUUCAUGGGAUGUUUCCUCUACACUUAGCUGUGCUCUACGGGUCCUCUGACUGUUGUCGUAAACUACUUUCCUCAGGUCAGCUCUACAGCAUUGUGUUGUCAAUGAGUAAAGAACACGUGCUCUCAGCCGGAUUUGACAUCAACACCCCAGACAACUUUGGGAGGACCUGUCUACACGCUGCUGCCUCUGGAGGAAAUGUUGAAUGUCUUAACCUGCUCUUAAGCAGUGGAGCUGACAUGAAUAAGAAGGACAAGUUUGGAAGGACUCCGUUGCACUAUGCGGCUGCUAAUGGUAGGUAUCAGUGUGUGGUGGUUCUGGUAGGAGCGGGGGCGGAGGUCAAUGAGCGUGACCGCUCUGGCUGUACACCUCUACACUACUCGGCUGCAUCGACUGCGUUCUGCAGAACGGACCGACCCCAUGCCAGCACCCAUCAGAACCAAGAGGAUGGGGAGAAGGAAUCCUUCCUGUGUGUAGAGCAUUUGUUGGAUAAUGGUGCUGAUCCAUCUCUGUGCAACACUAAAGGAUACAGUGCUGUGCAUUAUGCUGCAGCCCAUGGCAACAAACAAAACCUGGAGCUGCUUUUGGAGAUGUGCUUCAACACACUAGGAGACAAGGAGAACAACGGGUCCGUCAGCCCACUACACUUGGCGGUGGAGUCCGGUCACUGGGAAUGUGUCACUGUGUUAAUUGAGUCUGGAGGGUAUGUGGAUGCCUGUGACCCGGUGGGGCGCUCUGUGCUGUACGUAGCCUCUCAAAAAGGACAUGCCCGCUGCGUAGAGCUGCUGCUCUGCCAAUCAGCAUCUUGCCUGCUCAUAGAGCACCGCAGCAAAUGGGGCCCUCUUCAUGUUGCAGCUGCCAACGGCCACUCAGAAUGUCUGCGGAUGCUGCUCUGUAGCGAGGGGGGAGCCGAUCUCGUUAAUGUUAAAGAUGCGGAGGGACAGACUCCACUAAUGCUGGCAGUGCUGGGGGGACACACUGACUGUGUGCAUCUGCUGCUGGAGAGAGGAGCUUGCCCUGAUAUGAGAGACAGGAGAGGAAGAACAGCCUUACACAGAGGGGCGGUGAUGGGUCGGGAGGACUGUAUAACCGCCCUGCUGUCCCACAACGUCUCAGUCCUCAGCAAAGAUUUUCAGGGGCGAACUGCGGUCCAUCUGGCUGCCUCUUGCGGCCAUGCUGACAUUCUCUCCAAUCUUCUUUCUGCUGCUGACCACUCCCACCCCCACGACCCAAUCACAGACCGCCAUGGCUACACACCCACACACUGGGCAGCCUAUCACGGUAAUGAAGACUGUUUGGAAGUUUUACUUGAACUUAAACCAUGUAGUAUCCAGGAGGGAAACCCCUUCACCCCACUGCACUGUGCUCUCAUUAAUGGCCAUAGUGGUUCUGCAGAGCUGCUGUUGGAAUCCAGUGUUUGUAAUUCGCUGGUAAACAUCAGGGAUGCCAAAGGAAGGACCCCACUUCACGCGUCCGCAGUUGCCGAGGACGUGGCUGGGCUGCAGCUGGUUCUGCGGCACGGAGCUGACAUCAAUGCCGUGGACCACUCAGGGCGUUCUGCACUGAUGGUGGCCGCCGACAAUGGCCAAAGUGGUGCUGUGGCCCUGCUGCUGCACAGAGCCAAAGCCGACCUGUCCCUCCUGGAUGUGAACAAGAACACUGCCCUGCACCUGGCCUGCAGCAAGGCUCAUGAAAUGUGUGCCAUGCUGAUCUUGAAGGAGAUCCACAACCCUAUCCUCAUAAAUGCAACCAACAGUAUGCUUCAGAUGCCCCUCCACAUUGCCGCCAGAAAUGGUUUGGCCACCGUGGUUCAGGCCUUGCUGAACCGUGGAGCCACAGUGCUGGCAGUGGAUGAGGAAGGUCAUACACCAGCCCUGGCUUGCGCAUCCAAUAAAGCUGUUGCCGACUGCCUAGCUCUCAUUCUGUCAACCAUGAAGCCUUCCUCCUCCACGCCCUCUUCGUCCUCACCGUCUUCUCCCAGCCUCAACCUGCUCAAGCACUGUGGCAUCACCGCCGCCUGUCCCCCCCUGCCCAAUGGAGGCCUUCGCCAUGGUUACGGCAAAGAUCGCCAUGGUGCUACUAUCGGCUUGGAUGGCUACUUGACGGGGGGAGGCGGUCUUACUCGUAAAAAAAAAAAACGUGUGGUCACUCGGUUUGGUCCUCUCUACACAUCUAGAUAAAUCUAUAUGCAAUUACAGCCACAAAUCCCUCCUGUGCCAGUAUCAAAGCUUUUCUUCACAUUUCAGUAGAGAGCGAACACGAGAGGACGAACUUAGCUAUUUAUUUCUAUUUAUUUUCCCCCACUUUCCUUUUCCUCCCACCUCCUGACUCCCAUUUUAGAUGCUGUCCAUUCAGUAUGAGUCUAAAAUCUAAAAUCUGAAUCUAAGCCAUCUAUUCGAACCAGUAUGAAUCACUGGCGAGUCAGUCCUUUAUUUCUUCUCCAUUUGCAGUCGAUUUGACUCUGUUCAUGUUAGAAUUAUGCAGCUGUGUGUCUCCAUGGUAACAGUGAUAAUGGAUGGGUUUCCAUAUCAUGCCUCCUAUUUGCGUGACGCUGUGGCCUUGCAUAGGAAUUUACAGCCUGCCCUGAGGAACAAUUUAAACGGGUUACACUAGAUUUGCAUGAAUUUGCGGGACCAUGUAUUUGAUAGUGGUCUUGUGUGUGUGUGUGUGUGUGUGUGUGUUUGUGUGCGUGCUUGCACGUGUAUGUGUGACAUCCACUUUUGCGCAACAGUCCAAGUUUUUCAUCCCAUACUUGAUUAUUACGUUUUGAGGUUUUUAUGUGAGGUGUAAUCUGAUUUAGCACAGAUCAGGAAAAAACAAACAACCUAACAGAAUCAUAUUGACAGAAGGGAAACCAUACUACCUUAAGCCAAAAGACCAAUGACCUCCUGAUAGAGGGGUCUGAUAUGUAAUGCUUGUUUACUUGUUAGAGAGAAAAGGGAUAGUGUUUGGAUGGGUUUUGAGGUUGAGGUUCAUAUUAGGUUUACAAUGGAGGUAUUGGGUAGUCCAGAUCACUGUUUGUAGGUGGGCAGAAGAAAGGAGUUACAAGUGUCAUGAUUUUGGCCGUUUAAACAACAUUAUGAAGAUGCUACACUAAGGAAGUAUAGAAAGCACAAACGUCAUACACAGUACUUGCUCCUUGGGACCUUCGGUUUUAUUUAUUUUGGUUGGUUUUAUUUUUUGUUCUUGGGCCUCAUAAAAUAUCUUCAAUUAAAUCUACUGCUUUGCUAUAAUAUUAAGUGUGGAGUUGCUUUCACAGUGCCUACUGAAUUUAGUUUUGCCUACCUAGGAUCCAAUCAGUUAAACACCAUAUGCAGUCCCCUAAACC